AUGUCUGCUCCUCCAAAACCUUGGGAAGGAGUAGGAACAAAUGCCAGGUCAAGUUCUGUUGCGUUUGAUUCGCCAUCUCGACCUCCAAUAGGGGCAUCUGGUCCAAGACCGAGUGCUCUGCGAAGUUCAUUCAAUCCAAGCAAAAUGGAUUCUUCCACAAGCAAUGGUACUUCUGUGGCAAAAGUACCUCCUUUACCGCCACGACCUCAAACACAGAGGUCCACUAGUAGUAUGAUGUAUGGAGGGUCGAGAUAUGGUAAUUUCUUUGUUUGCUUUGUUUUGUUUUUCUAUUUUUCACAUAGCAAAUUAUUACAGGUUGUGCUCUUCGGUGAGGUGCCUUUUGUAGCUUUCUUCUAAAAAUAUUUAACAGCUGGAAACUGUUGAAUUUACAACCUUUAUUCCGCUCACACAAAAACCGUUACAACAUAGGAAAGAGAACAAAAUACAUAUAUAUUUGCUAAUUAAAAAAAAAGAGCUUGAAUAACAAAAGGAUAAAUUAAAUUAAUAAUUCCUGUGAAAUAAAAUCUAAAUUUAAAUAACAACGGUCAAAUAUUCAUAAUAACAACAGAAACCUUAGAAUUCUAAAAAGGAGAGCCUCUAGGCUCCCAGUUAUUCUUUUAAGAGCACAGCUUUGAUUAAAAUGUAUGAAUUGAAUGUCAUUUAGUGUACAAUCAGUUGUUAAAAUAUACACACACACACAUAUAUAUAUAUAUAUAUAUAUAUCCAGUCUUUUGAGCCAGAAAUGCUUAAACGAGGAUGUUUGCUGUUAUUUAACUCUAAAUAUGAAGAAAAACCAGAAGAAAACAAAGAACCCAAAUAAGCAAUGACCAGUCCACAAUAGAGGAAAUAAUGAACUAGCUCAUACAUACUAAAUAGACAGACAUGUCUCUUUGGUCUUAUUAAAGAAGAGUAGAGCAUCAUGACCUGUUCUUAUUACAAAACUGAAACAUUAUUUAGUUUCUCUUGUCCACUAUAUUGUAUCAUUCCCAAAGAGUGCUGUUUCUGCCAUCCACCCAUAGAAGAUUUUCUUGAGCAAUUGUUUUGACUUCCAGUGCCAAAAAGAUGAAAUGUCUUUGUUAGUUUAUAAACAUUGAAGAAGUAGUCUUCAAGUGACUGUAUUACCAUUUAGACUGAAUUAAGUAAAAGCAGUAAAAACAUUGCAGUAAAUUGAAUGGGAAUUAUGUUUGGUGAUUGGUAAUUACAGAUGGUCUUGAUAAGCUGCUCGUAUAAUUUCAGGGCUGGGGUUGUUCAAACAAGAAUGAACUAAGCAAGGGUUAGUUAAUAAUUUUUCAUUUAGUUUUGUCACUCUGGAAGCAGUUUCAAGUGUUUAUAUUGUUUCCUUUAGUUUCAUCUAAUGCUGAGCUAAAACUUCUGGAAAUGAAAGCUCUACUAUAUGCUUUAUUUCAAGAGAAAUCAAUGACAAGUUAAACUUUUAAUCCUGGAUUUCGCUAACUGCCUUGCAAACAACCAGCCCAGGAGUGUAAAAUCAAGGAGAAGUUGGGGUGCAAUUCACCACAGGAGAUUUUUCCUUUGUUUCAUGGCCCUUAACAAAAUUAGUAACAUUUUUUUAUACAGGCCAUUAAUUACUGAGAACAUAUUUUGGCUUUGUAUGAUACAUAACAUUCAUUUACCUCUUUUUUUAUUGUUAAUAUUAUUACUGUUUAUCUUCAUCCAUGUUAUACUAGGUUUCUAGGAAUUACUAGAAAAGAAGUUCCUUAAAAAAUUCGCACAAGAAAAGAAGAAAAUACAAUGCAAAGCAAAAUAGGAAUAGAGAAAGGCAUGGUGUAGUUAUCCCUUUAAUUCUCAAGAUCUGAUCAUUAAUUUUCCCCUCCAGCUUUAACACAAUUCCUUGUAAAUAAGCAAGGAGAAUUUGGUGUUUGAUCAAGGUAACAACUUCUACCUGAUAAGUUUGAGUAUUGUCAUUACCUGUUUGCUGGAUAAUGUAUGGAUAUUUUAGGGAGAAGUUUCAUGUUUAUCACUUGUGGGAGGUAAAGGGUUAAGACUACAUGAAUUUAGUGAUCUCUUAAGUGUAAUUAGCAAAGUUCAUUGUACCUUGCUGAAUAAUAGGGUUGCAUUAUCUGUGUUUCAGGUUAUGGAGGAAGUAUGUAUGGAGGUUACAGUGGCAUGUAUGGAGGGGGAAUGGGAGGUGAGUAUAGAAAGGGUAAAGAAACAUGUUAAAAAUACAGUUUUACUGACUGACAUUCCACUGUAAUGAAGUUGAGGAGGGAGGAAGAUGCUCAUUUAUUUUGGUUUUUCAGGUGAUAAUGGUGUAUAAAUUAAAGUAAAGAGGAAUAGAUAGCAUUCAGUUGCAAAGCCAUAAAGAUCUAUAAUUAAAGAAAUUUUUGUUAACUUUCUCCAAAUGGCAAAUACCAAAAAUGUAGGUAAUGGCAAACAGUUCUGUUCACAGGGCAAACUUGCAAACAAAGCCAGAAAGGUAUUCUAGACCAAAGUUUUCAAUUUAUUGGGGAUCCACCUUAUUUUUUUAAGCUGGGAAUCCAAUCAACUUUUUGCAAAAAUCCACAAUCCAUAAAUUUUUCAAGGCCAAAUCUAUUAAUUUUCUGCUUAAACCACUUCAGCAUGAGAGUACAUACUGAGGAAGGAAAUCAUUUUCAUGGGUUUGUAAGGGAUGACAUUAAUAUUAUGUUUGUAAGUCAUAUGUCUUCCUUUUCUGGAAUGUGCAGGUUAUGGAGGAAUGUAUGGAGGUGGUUAUGGGGGUUAUGGUGGAUAUGGAUUUGGCAUGAAUCGUUAUGGUAAUGCCAUGAACCAAUCAGGAACAAGUUCUUUUGUAAGCCAGGCAGAAGAAAGUAGCCGAGCAGCUUUUCAGUCGAUUGAAUCUAUUGUGCAGGCAUUUGGAUCUGUUGCCAUGAUGUUGGAAUCAACUCACUUUGCUAUGCAUAACACAUUUCAUGCUGUUUUAAGCAUGGCAGAUCAUUUCAGUAGACUACGGGCUCAUCUAGUCAGCAUGUUUGGUGCAUUUACUCUGUUCAAGGUCAUAAGAUAUGUCUUUAGAAAGAUCAAAGCUUUAUUUGGUGUAAGCCAGGGUCUUGAAGAAGAACUUUGGAACAGUGCAGAAACUGCUGUUAUAUCUUCAAGUGAAAAAGGUGACUCCAGAAAGCCAAGAUCAUGGCCCAUUUUGCUCUUCUUUGGAGUUGUGCUUGGUACACCACUGAUUAUAUGGAAGUUACUACAGUCUCUGCUUAAUGACGAGAGUAAAACCAAAGACUGGAAGACAGGUACUGCUUAUGCUUAGCUGACUUGGGCAGGGGAUUUAGAAACAACAUGAUUUGAUAUCUUGUAUUCCCAUUACACCCUAACACUAUGGAGAGUAACUUUCAAAGUACUUUGGCAAAUUAAUUUCAAAAGUGAAACAGGUUUCAGCAUUAGCCCAGCUUAUUGUGUUGUGGUCUUGUAAACUUAGAAGCCACCUACUGUAGCUAAUUACUGUUACCUACAAAGCAUGAGAUAGCUAGUUGCUUUGCUACUUCUUCAAGAAAAGCUGUCAGUACCCUCACUCAUGUAAGGGUAGAGGAAUAGAGUUCAGGAUCUUUCCCAUUAACAAACACAGUUACCUUACCUAGAUUCACAUCUUGACUUCACUUAUCAUUUUUUGGUUUAUAAUUUUCACCCUAAAGCUAGAAAACUUACCUCCACAAGUCCAACAGCGACUCUUUCAUCCUUCUUUUUCCCUUUCACCUAAAUAUUUAUGUGAGAAGUAAUACGUAGUUUAUUGAUCGCAGGAGAGGGAGACCAUGUUAUUGCCAGAGCAGAGUAUGAUUUUGAUGGUGAAAAUGAUGAGGAGUUGUCAUUCCGUGCUGGUGACAUUCUUCGACUUGCUCCCAAGGGAAAGCAGCCACGCAUUAGAGGUUGGCUCUUGGGUAGUCUUGAUGGCAGCAGUGAGGGAAUUGUACCUGCUAAUUAUGUUAAGGUUUGUAGUCAGCUAUUUCUUGUUAUAAGUGUGCAGUGGGUUGCAUUAUUCUUGUUUUGGAGAGCAAACAAAGGAAAACACCACAAAGAGAUGAUAAGAAUUAACAAUACAAAAAGCAAACUGUUGGAAAGGCAGAAAAACAUGAAGUUCAAAUGGAACUAGGCUAACCCUUCACACCCUAACAUCAGUAUGUAUGCAGCUAUUUCAAUUUACGUUGUCAGAUCAAAGCCUCAAGCCUACAAGACAAGACCGAAGGGGAAUAUGGGAUCUUAAUGAAUAAUUAUCAGCAAAAUUGACAGUGCCUUGUCCAUACUAAUUGUAUUUUCAGCCUCCAUGUCCAUCUCACGCCGACAACCCUGAAAGCCUAAAAUUAAUUCUAAACUACCCAUACCGCCUUUCGGUCUUGUCCCGUACCCUUGAAGCUUUGAUCUGACAACGUAAAUUGAAAUAGCUGUAUUCUCCAUACUGCUCUCUAUACAUUUCCAAAGAGGCUGACAAGGAGAAAUUGUUUCACAAUCAAGACCUCCUUUAGUUGGUGAUCAUCUCCUCUGUUCUCAUGACUUUCAUGUUUGAUUCAGGGGUGAUAUUGUUAGGAGAAAUUAGAUGUUAGUCACUCUUAGGAGUCAAAGGGUUCAGAACUGUAUCCAAUGAAUAGAGUGAGUUACACAAGUUUUGCUGGACCAAUUGUAGAUUGAAGUGACACAAAGCCAAUACAAAUCCAGUUAACUGAAAACAGGUGAAUAUGAAAACAGUCUGUGCAGAAAUGAACACUACUAAAGCAGUAUUGAAAAUUAGGCCUGAAAAAAUUCAGGGCUGCAUGGGAUUUGAACCCAUGACCUCUGCGAUACCAGUGCAGUGCUCUACCUUAUUUUUCAGAUGUUAUUUUCACAACUGUGUAAGUAGUGUUCAUUAUGGCAAGGAUUGUUUUCAUGUUCACUUCUUUAUCUGCCGUUCACAUUUAUGAUUUUCCCUUAUCCACAGUUAUAUAAACCUACUAUGUCUCUUUUGUAAACAAACAGAUUCUGGGUCUGCGUCGUGCAAAGAAGGAACUAAAAGACUCCCAGGAGGAGAAAACUGAAGAAUCAGAGACUUCUCAAGCAGAUCGAAGUAGGACAUUUGAUGAUAAAAUGGAUAAUGAAUAUGAUCAAAUAGUAGAGGGGACAGAUGGUAGUAGUUUCCUUCCAUCCCAGGACUUGCUUACUGAAGAUUCAUUGAACGAAAGAACUCUUGUAGAUGAUGGUCUUUCAGACACUGAUUUUCAAAAUUUUGUUGAAGAACAAGUUUAGUGCCUUUAGUUUGAUGCUUUGUCUUCAUUAGAUUUUUUUCGUUGAUUGAAGUUGAUUCCCAGAACUCUCUUCUGUGAUGAUAUUAGGAUUAGGAUUUUGCAGUAGCACUACCAAACCCACUCUGAUGAGUUAUUCACAUGUUACUUAUCCUUAAAGUGUCAAUACUUUAUCUGGUAAUCAUGAAGAUCAACUCCCUGAAAAACCCUGUCGGCCAACUGAAGUUCAGCUGUUGGCUGACAGUCAACGUACAGUCUGCAACUGUUGAUUGACAGUGGACCAACUUUUGGCUGACAGUUAUAAGCAAACUUGUUGGCUGACAGGCAGGGUGACAGGUGGCCAACAGUUGGUAUAAGGGAGUUGAUUCUCACAAUCAUCCUAUGCUUAUGCAAUCAGCAUAGACAGAGUUAUUGAAUGCUUAACAAAACAUCUCUUUCCUGAUUGGUCAAUAACAAAUACAUAAAUAAGUUAUAGACUGCUAUACAAGACUUCUGUCAUGCACUCUCCCGAAAAAAAAACAAAACAAAAACCGAAAAACAAGCUAGAAAGCUUUAAAAAUUAUUAGAUAUUUCUCAAACUUGGUUGGGCCUUUACAAGUGUAAUCUGAAGUGACUAAUUCAAAUUCUCCUCUGCGAUUCACUAGGAAAGGUAAGGCAGUGAGAAGGGAGAGUUACUUAUUGGAUCUUAGGAGUUAAAGGGUCAAAAUAUUCAUUCUAUAAUGAACCAGGAGUUCCAUUGUACGAGCCAUUGUCUCUUCUGAUUUUGUGAAAGAAAGUCUCCAUGCAAAUCUUCGACGUUAUUUGUGUAAAAGUAAUAAUCACAAUCAAUAGACUUCAUUACAAAGAAGUACUUUGUGAAAGGUGUUAGUAGUCACGAUGUUUUCAAAUCUUCUUUUAGCAGUGUGACCGAAUUACCUGGCUGGUUAGAGGACUUAAAUAAAAGAUGAAUCGUAAUUGGUCGCACGCACCAAUAAUGAUUUAUUUUAUUUAAUUGUGAUCAGAUUCCUUUGAGGGAAGGAACAACAACAUUUACGUCGCUGGUAAUAUAUGACAUCGUAGCUCAGUUGGUUGCAGCGUCCAUUUUGAAUCAGGAAGGGAGGGGGGGAGCACAGAGUCGUUUUCCAUUCCAGCCUGAAUUUUUUCAGAGCUCUUUUCUAUAAUUUCUUUUGCAAUUUAUCUUGUAAAAGGAAUGAUUUUUCUAUUUUUCUUUCUUGAUUUUUUUUCUCUUUUGAAAUCCUUGAACAUUUCUAAAAUGUUAAAGCUUCAGAAACAGAAAAGAAAUGUAGCUUUUUUUACUGAUAUUAUACCCAGUACUGGUUUUCCCGCGAUCCCUCGCGGUCAAAGAUGGCCCGCUAACCAUCUGAAUUGUAAAUCGUUCCUCAUUAUCAUUCAUGAUUUUCUCUCACUUGUGUGUGGUACUGAAACUUUGUUCGGGUGUGGGAAGCUCAGCUACCGUUUAGGACUCUCAACUUCGUUUACAAAGUUCAAGAUGGAAAGAAAAGUUCGAAAGCUUUGGUUGAGGACACGAGCGUUGUCAAAAUGGCCACAGCCUGAACCUAAAAGUGGUAAUUUAACAGAUGGCGGCUAAUUUUGCAUCGACAGUACAACACAUGACGACAAGAUGGCGCCCAAAAUGAAGGAUCGGUGAUGCAUUGCUUUCGAAGGUAAUCAUGAACUGAGUUCUGUUUUAAAGAAAGAUAGCUUAUCUUGAUAAGAAUUAUCUUGUGCUUCUUAAGAAUUGCAGGAAUUUUUCCUCGUUUUUAUUUCCAACAAGGAAAUAGCGAAUGGCCUUGAUAUGUUGUUGUCCUCAUUAAAUACUCUCAAAGAACAAAGAGAACUUAAACAUCAUAUUACUUUGUUCUAUGGUUUGAUUUAUGCCCUGAAGAAAGCUUACGUUAAAAUCAUGAAAGCAAGAAACAGAUACAGAGAAUUAUUAAAGUUGAAAUUAGUUUUAUUCGACAGAAGGAUAUUCAGGCCAUUUAUAUACAAGUUCUGCAUUACUUAGUAAAGUGUUGUCUUAAAAUAAACCUUUUGUUGUGAUUUUACGGGGGGUUGUUCAAACUAAACAUCGCUCUUGCUGUCUUGGUUGUGCUCAAAACACCAACAUGUUCUAUUUUAAAUUGUGGACUUCUCUAUAAGACUAACUCGACGACGAAUUCUACGCAUAAGGAAAAAAACAACACUAUGAUCUCUUACGUAAACGCAAUCUUAACUCCUUCUGAUUUCAAGAGAUGUUUGCGACCUAUUUCUCCAUAUUUUUUCGUAACAGUGGCAUCAAGGUCUUGUAUUAAUUUCGUUUUUGAGAGCGAGUCUAACCAAUUUUUCCUCUUCUGUCAGGUGGCGAUUCUUUGCUGAGUUCCCUCUACUUUCACAUCAAGUGUCAUGUAACAAAUGCCCACCUCUCUGGAUUGAUACUGAACUGGAAAAUGGACGGCUUAUUGGAUUGAAAUCAAAAUGGCAAAUGGACAAGUAACUGGGAUGAGCUCAAGUUAGAAAAUGGACAAGCGACCGGAUUAGAAUCAGGUGUUCAUAUUUUGUUUUGAGGUAGAAUCUUUAAUAAUGUUCGCUUAAAAUUAAUGAUUGGCUGCGAAGGUACACUUUGAACUCUAGUAUUUGGCUCAGAUACAAACCAAUUUUAAUACCUUUGGUAACGAAAACUAUUUUUGGACAGGGGAAGAACAAAAUUUGAUUUUAAUUCGAUUCGUUUUCAACAAUUUAUAACAAAGUUUCCUGAUUGUUAAUACUUCAAAACAACCUUUACCGAGACAUCUGCUUUACGUGUCAAACACCAAGACGGAGAGAUCAUUAAUUAACACAAACACUGGAGGAAGGAGAUUGUUCCAACGAAUCACGAAAUUUUAGUACAAGCUUAUGGUCAAUAAUGUGAUUGAGUACCUUAGCAUGAGAAAAUAAAGGAACUUUUACAAUCGAACUCAUUUUGAUUAACUAAAAAAUCCAACGCUGAAAGAAGGCAGUUGUCGGCAUGAAUCGCUAAAUGUUUGGAACACAUGCUUUCGAUGAGUUCCGUGAUUUGCUCACCUUUGUCACAUUAACUCAGAAACGUAAUCAGAGAAAAGCAAGAAAUACGUUGAUGUAAGAUUUUGUUAACAUAGCAUUUAUUUAUUUCAAAGCCAGUAGUAGCGUUACUUGUGUACCUUCGCUUAUCUUUGAGAGGGAAAAUUAAUAGGCACUCCAUUUCAAUCUUUGGAAGGAAACUGAUGUAUCCGCUGGCGUUUCUAAAUCAAAUUUGGACUUACCUCGUACAUUAGUCUUGUUUUGACUGAAUUCUUUUAUAAGUUCGUUAGCUUGUAAUUUUUAUUUAUCAAUUUGUUUUCUUUCUAUAUCCCUGUCAAAAAUUUUCCCACCAAAAAACUUAUAAAAAUAUGGGCGCCUUAAUACGCAUGCGCCGGUUUUUAAAUUUUUUUUAUUCUGUAACACCCUGUUAAAAAGGCGUAAUUUUCCCGCCAAAAGACUUAGAAAAAAUACAGGCGCCCAAAAUAC